UGACGGACCGCCUCACCCGGAAGUUUGUGUUUGGUGUUUGAAGGAGCAGAGACACUCGGGACUCGAACUUCCAGCGUGAAAAGUGGCUCCGACCGGGUCACGGGGAAAUGUCGCGCCUCAAAGAACACGUGGACAAACUGACGCGUCUGUACGAACGUUACACCGAGUACGUGCGGAGGAACCCGGCGGCCACCGCGCAGCUGGAGGCCACCGUGAGGACCGUGUCCUACCUGAUCGCAGGGCGAUUUGCUGAUUCCCAUGAAAUCUCUGAACUCGUUUACUCUGCCUCCAAUCUCCUGGUUCUGUUCAACGACAGCAUUCUGCGUAAAGGGCUGAGACGUGCGCUCCCUGUGACUCUGUCUCAGCAGAGACUCCUGACCUGGCUCUCUGUGCUGGAGUAUCUGGAGGUGUUCCUGGAGAUGGGAGCCUGCAAGCUGUGGGGGGAUGUCGGCCGCUGGCUGGUGAUCGGACUCAUUCAGAUCUUCAAGACCAUUUUCCGCUUCGUUCUCCUUCUGUGGUACAAAUCUGGGAUCCAGACUUCACCUCCCAUAAUCCCCCUGGACCGAGGCGCAGAACUUGUCAAUGAAGAUGACGGUGACGGCGAGCCGGAAGAUGUAACCUGCUUUGUGGGUCAGAGGUCAGGACGAGUCAUCCGGCCGCUGGGCAGUGGUCCGUCCCUGCAGGCCCGGCUGUGGGGAGCACCGAGUCAGAAGAAGAGCAGCAGCUUGAGGGAGAAGCUCCACAGCAAACCCACACAGCUCAGACUCCAGGAGACCAUCGCGGAGUCUGUGUACAUCGGGCGGCCUCUGAUUCACUUGCUCUGCCUCGGACUCUGUGGGAAACAGUCCUGGAAGCCGUGGCUCGUCUCCGGCGUCCUGGAACUGUCCAGCUUCGCCGUCCUCAACGAAACCAAAUUUCAGAAUCGCUGGGAGCGAGCGGAGAUGAGGAGGAGGACGUUUCUCCUGCUCUACUACCUCCUGCGUUCACCUUUCUACGACAAAUUCUCUGAAGAAAAGAUGCUCUUCCUGCUCAGACUCCUCGCUGAUCACGUGCCAGGAAUCGGACUUGUUGCACGCCCUCUGAUGGAUUAUCUUCCCACCUGGCAGAAGAUCUACUUCUACAACUGGGGAUAAACCCUGAGUGGAUUAAGGAUCAUUUGAUUUGCGGCGGCGAUAAAGGACGUGUGGGGUCGUCACCUCACACAGAGCUUCCUGCUGUCAUCCCCCAGGCAUCAGAGAAAACUCUGCGGAGACGACUUCCACUGCUGCACCUUCUUCUAACGACACUUCCUGUUUCCUGUCAGAGAUUAAAUGGAGAUCCUGAACAUCCUGAACGUCAUUUCAAAGAAUCAGAUUGUUUCUGACUCAACAAAGAGCUUCAGCGAACGAGAACAAUAUUUUCUUGAUGAACUUAAUAAUUGAGUUCGAUUUACACUCAUGUGUACGAUGAAGACACUGAUGAUGAAGAUGUUGUCUCGUUUCAUUCUCUCUCUCUCUCUCUGUUCCUCCCUGAAGCUCUGUCAUUCGUCUGUUGAGAGAAAACUUUACUGAGAUGUUGUCGUCACCAGCAGGAAUAAGAUUUGAAUUCAGUGUCGUUUGUCCCGAGCUACUGAAAACCACAGGAAGCUCCGGCAGCGCGUCAGCGCCAAACCGAAGCAAAUAAAAUGAGGAGGAAGAAUUUUACUCCUUUAAAGGAUAAAAAAACUAAACCAGAGAUUUAAUCUCUUGAGAUAUUUUGUUGAAGUGGUCAGAUUCACAAACUGUUAAAUGUUUCUUACAUUUUAACUUUAUUCUCAUCAUCAGAGUUAAAUAAUGUGUUUCACUGAAGAUUGUGCGUCAGUCUCGUUCUCGUGAACUCGAUAUCUCAGAAUAUCUGGAGAACGUUCACUCAGACUCGCUGAUAAGAUUUGAGCAGAGGUCAAAGGUCACUGUGAACUUGACCAUGAAACGAAAACACGUUCCAGACUCAGUGAGUGUGUGUGUGAGUGUUUCAGUCAAUGACUUGCACACAGCCGAGGUUUUAAAUCUUUAUUAACAUACUGAAUACGUUUCUUUUUGUAGCCUACAAAUAAAUAGUUGAAUGCUUCUUCCUUUC